UUUUAUAGGUGAUAACAAAAGCGAUAAUGAAAGUAUAUUAAUAAAAAAAACGUUGCCAUUUUUAUUCUUGUACUGGGUAAAGAAACAUUAAUUAUUAAUUAUGGGGUUUAAUUCUAACUACUUCAAAACGUUAAGUGGAGGCUUAAAAGUACUUCAAUUGAACUUCAACAUAAUAAUUAUUUGUAUAAUUUCUUUAGGAUGGCGAUCAUAUUAUAUAACACAACCCCUCCUCCAAUUAUCAAUAACAAAUGUGAUUUUUUGCGUGUUAAUUAUGAUAAUAAGAGUAAUGCACAACCCGCAAAAUACAAACAGUGGUUUAGCUAAAUUAGAAUUUGGGAUGUAUUCAAUUUCGACGUAUUUGUACGUUCAUUUUUCAAUUCAAUUAAUUUCAAUAGCUGGAUUUAAGGAAUAUAAUGUUGCUAUGAUCUUUGGAUUAUUAAGUUCUGUGCUGUAUGCUAGUGAUGCAUUUGAUAAGUUUACUAAAUGUUGUAUGUGCGGUGAUAAUAAGUCAACUUCUCAAUAUGCAAGAUAUCCAGCACAAAUUCAAAAUGAGCCACCACCAGUUUACCCAGCACAGGGAUAUUAAGAUGAAGAGUAUUAAAUAAAAAAAAUAAAAUUGUU